GAGCAGAAUUCCUCGAUUCUUUCAAAAAAACCAUAAACAGCCUGUAAUUACCAUUUCUGUCCUUUCCCCCCUCCCUCCAGGCUCCACGACUCCAGCCCCCCGCCGUCGCCGCCGCCGACGAAACCCUCAUCGCCGGCUGCGGCGGAGCCACAGGGCGCUCGAAGCAACCGUAGAAGAGAGCAGGGGAGGGGAGGGAGGCGGGGGCGGAGGAUAAGGGAGAGGAGUGGUGGAAGCAACCCAAGCUGCGAGGUGGGGUAGGUGGCGAAGCAGGGGGGGCGGCGAGAGACCUCUCGGAUUGGUCCCUGAGACGGGCGCCCGGGUCUCGCCGGUGGCAGGAUCCUUCUGCUGGAGCUGACGGAUUCGUGGCCCCCUCCGAUCCGAGGCUGAUCCGCCCAUGGGAACUCCUGUUAAUAUUAUUGUUGGUUCUCAUGUUUGGGUUGAGGACCCAACUCUAGCCUGGAUAGAUGGGGAUGUUGUUAGCAUAAAAGACAAUGACGUUCAUGUGCAGACUUCAAAUGGGAAAAAGAUUACUACAAAUAAAUCAAAAGUAUUCCCCAAGGAUAUGGAAGCUCCACCAGGAGGAGUGGAUGAUAUGACAAGAUUAUCUUACUUACAUGAACCUGGUGUUCUACAGAAUCUUGCUACCCGUUAUGAGCUAAAUGAAAUAUAUACUUACACUGGCAGCAUUUUGAUUGCGGUAAACCCAUUUCAAAGAUUGCCACAUCUCUAUGAUACCCAUAUGAUGGAACAAUACAAAGGUGCAGAUUUUGGGGAGCUGAGUCCUCAUGUCUUUGCUGUUGCAGAUGUUGCUUACAGGGCAAUGAUAAAUGAAGGGAAAAGCAACUCUAUAUUGGUCAGUGGUGAAAGUGGUGCUGGCAAGACUGAAACAACAAAGAUGCUUAUGAGAUAUCUGGCACACCUAGGUGGGCGAUCAGGAGUAGAAGGAAGAACUGUAGAACAGCAAGUUCUAGAGUCAAACCCAGUUCUUGAAGCUUUUGGUAAUGCAAAGACUGUGCGGAACAAUAACUCGAGUCGCUUUGGUAAGUUUGUUGAGAUCCAAUUCGACAAGACUGGACGCAUAUCAGGAGCUGCUAUCAGAACUUACUUGUUGGAAAGAUCCCGUGUAUGCCAAAUAAAUACUCCAGAGAGAAAUUAUCAUUGCUUCUAUUUCCUUUGUGCUGCACCCCCAGAGGAUAUUCAGAGGUAUAAGUUGGCUGAUGCUAGAUCUUUCCAUUACCUCAAUCAGUCAAGCUGUAUUGAAGUAGAAGGAAUUAAUGACGCUGAAGAAUAUUUAGCAACAAGAAGGGCCAUGGACAUAGUUGGAAUCAAUGAGGAAGAGCAGGAAGCUAUAUUCAGGGUUGUAGCUGCUAUACUUCAUCUUGGAAACAUAAAUUUCGCCAAAGGAACAGAAAUUGAUUCAUCUGUAAUCAAGGAUGACAAAUCCAGAUUCCACCUUAACACAGCAGCAGAACUGUUGAAAUGUGAUUGUGAUAAUCUGGAAAAAGCACUGAUAACACGAGUUAUAGUUACUCCUGAAGAAAUUAUAACUAGAACGCUUGAUCCUGCUUCUGCACUUGUUAGCAGAGAUGCAUUAGCAAAAACAAUAUAUUCACGAUUGUUUGAUUGGAUUGUGGAGAAGAUCAAUGUCUCCAUUGGACAGGACCCAAACUCGAAACAGUUGAUUGGUGUUCUUGAUAUUUAUGGUUUCGAGAGUUUCAAAAUUAACAGUUUUGAGCAGUUGUGCAUCAAUUAUACAAACGAAAAGUUGCAACAACAUUUUAACCAGCAUGUGUUCAAAAUGGAACAAGAAGAAUACACCAGAGAAGAGAUAAACUGGAGUUACAUAGAGUUUGUUGAUAAUCAAGAUGUGUUAGACUUGAUUGAGAAGAAAGGUGGUUUGAUCGCACUUCUGGAUGAAGCAUGUAUGUUUCCUAGAUCGACACAUGAGACAUUUGCACAGAAGUUGUAUACAACGUUUAAAAAUAACAAGCGGUUUGCCAAACCGAAGCUUUCACGCACAGAUUUUACAAUUGUUCAUUAUGCUGGUGAUGUGACAUACCAGGCUGAUUUUUUCCUAGACAAGAACAAAGAUUAUGUAGUGGCUGAACAUCAAGAUUUGCUGAAUGCUUCUUCUUGUCCUUUCGUAGCUGCUUUGUUUCCUGCCCUCCCUGAAGAAACAGCAAAAUCUUCAAAAUUUUCAUCAAUCGGGUCACGUUUUAAGCUGCAACUUCAAUCUCUCAUGGAGACUUUGAGCUCAACAGAACCCCAUUACAUUAGAUGUGUGAAGCCAAAUAACCUCCUAAAGCCAGCCAUUUUUGAGAACACAAAUGUUAUACAGCAACUGCGAUGUGGAGGUGUUCUUGAAGCUAUCAGGAUCAGCUGUGCUGGAUAUCCCACAAGGAAAACAUUUUAUGAAUUUGUUAAUCGCUUUGGUGUUCUUGCUCCUGAAGUUCUAGAAGGAAGCAAUGAUGAUAAAAUUGCAUGCCAGAAGAUUUUGGAAAAGAUGGGGCUGGACAACUACCAGAUUGGAAAAACAAAGGUAUUUCUGAGAGCUGGACAGAUGGCUGAUCUGGAUGCACGAAGAGCUGAAGUGCUAGGAAGAGCGGCAAGAAUUAUACAGAGACAAAUCUGUACAUAUAUUGCACGGAAACAGUUUGUUUUGCUCAGAAGAUCAGCAACACAGCUACAGUCUUUCGUUAGAGGAACUUUGGCCCGUAAAUCGUACGAGUGCAUGAGGCGGGAAGCAUCAGCAGUGAAGAUACAAAAGAAUAUUCGUCGUCAUAAAGCUCGUGUGUCUUAUUUACAACUACAGGAGGCUGCAAUCACAUUGCAGACAGGAUUAAGGGCAAUGUCUGCUCGCAAAGAAUUCAGAUUCAGAAAGGAAACUAAAGCAGCUGUCCAUAUCCAGGCACGAUGGCGCUGCCACAGAGACUAUGCUCAUUACAAGAAUCUGCAAGGAGCAGCUCUUACUUAUCAGUGUGCAUGGAGACAAAGGCUUGCAAGAAGAGAGCUUAGAAAACUCAAAAUGGCUGCAAGAGAAACAGGCGCCCUCAAGGAGGCCAAGGAUAAACUUGAGAAGCGUGUUGAAGAGCUGACAUGGCGCCUUGGACUGGAGAAGCGAUUAAGGACUGACCUUGAGGAGGCAAAAGCCCAGGAAAUUGCUAAGCUGCAAGAGACACUGCAUGAUAUGCAACAGCAAGUUGAAGAAGCAAAGGCUAUGAUUGUUAAGGAAAGAGAAGCAGCUAGAAAGGCAAUAGAAGAGGCACCUCCUUUAAUCAAAGAGACCCCUGUAUUGGUUGAAGACACGGAAAAGAUUAACUCACUCACAGCUGAGCUUGAACAACUGAAGGCUUUGCUGCAAACAGAAAGGCAAGCAACAGAAGCUGCCAAGAAAGAAUAUGCUGAAGCUGAACAGAGAAAUGAAGAACUAACCAAGAAAUUUGAAGGCGCAGAGAAAAAGAUUGAGCAACUUCAGGAUUCUGUCCAGAGGCUGGAAGAGAAAGCAACUAACAUGGAGUCUGAGAACAAAGUGCUACGUCAACAGGCUGUUGCUAUUUCUCCUACUGCAAAAUCAUUAGCUGCAUAUCCUAAGUCUCCCUUCCAACUGAAAACUCCGGAGAAUGGUGUAGCUCCAUAUGGAGAAGUGAAACCAUUACCUGAUGUCACCCCUAUCUCACUCAACCUGAAAGAGCCUGAGACUGAGGAGAAGCCACAAAAGUCACUCAAUGAGAAGCAACAGGAAAACCAAGACAUGCUGAUCAAAUGUGUAUCACAAGAUCUGGGAUUCUCCAGCGGGAGGCCUAUUGCUGCUUGCCUUAUAUACAGGUGCCUUCUACAUUGGAGAUCAUUUGAAGUUGAAAGAACUGGUGUUUUUGACCGUAUAAUUCAAACAAUAGGCACUGCUAUAGAGGCCCAGGAAAAUAACGACAAACUAGCAUAUUGGCUCUCAAAUUCUUCCACAUUACUCCUACUACUACAACGAACGUUGAAAACAACUGGAGCAGCUGGACUCACUCCUCAGAGGCGAAGGUCUUCUGCUGCAUCAUUUGGGAGGGUGUUUUCGGGAAUGAGAGCUUCACCACAGAGUGCUGGACGUCCUUUUCUGGCUAGCCGCUUGAUGGCAGGGAUAGGUGAUCUUCGUCAAGUUGAAGCCAAGUAUCCUGCUCUGCUUUUCAAGCAGCAGCUUACAGCUUUCCUUGAGAAAAUCUAUGGCAUGAUCAGAGAUAACUUGAAGAAGGAGAUAUCUCCAUUACUUGGUCUUUGCAUACAGGCACCAAGAACAUCUCGUGCGAGUCUAAUUAAAGGAUCUCGUUCUCAAGCAAAUGCCUUGGCCCAACAAACCUUGAUCGCCCAUUGGCAGAGCAUUGUGAAAAUUCUAACAAACUACUUGAAUGUUCUGAAAGCCAAUUAUGUCCCUUCAUUCUUAAUCAGCAAGGUUUUCACUCAAAUCUUCUCGUUUAUUAAUGUUCAAUUGUUUAACAGUCUGCUUCUUCGACGAGAGUGCUGUUCAUUUAGCAAUGGAGAAUAUGUCAAAGCUGGACUGGCAGAAUUAGAGCAGUGGUGUAUUUAUGCGACUGAGGAGUAUGCAGGUUCUUCCUGGGAAGAAUUGAAGCAUAUUAGGCAGGCUGUUGGAUUCCUUGUAAUUCAUCAAAAGCCAAAGAAAACACUGAAAGAAAUCACCAACGAUUUAUGCCCUGUCCUUAGCAUACAACAGCUAUACCGAAUCAGCACAAUGUAUUGGGAUGAUAAAUAUGGAACUCACACAGUUUCAUCAGAGGUCAUCUCAAGUAUGAGAAUAAUGAUGACAGAAGACUCGAACAAUGCAGUGAGCAGUUCUUUCUUGCUGGACGAUGAUUCAAGCAUUCCGUUUUCGGUGGAUGAUAUCUCAAAGUCAAUGAAAGAAAUUGAGGUAACAGACGUUGACAUGCCUCCUUUGAUCAGGGAGAACUCUGGCUUUAACUUCCUACACUGAAGAAAGGACUAACAAGGGUGGUGGUCCUUUCAACGCAAAACCUCUUCUGCAUUCCUUUUGUCCACUCAUCUCCAACCUGUGCAUAACUCAUGUACAUACUACUCAUUCUCCUUUGCUCUUUUACCAAAUCACAUCGUCUAGUCUGGUCAGUAAUCGUUAGGUCCAUUUGUUAUUUAUUAUUGUUAGGUCUUCGGUUUGAUUGAUUGGUUCUUUCUCCAAUUUUCUCCCUCCUUUUUCUGGGGGAUCAAAUUUAUAUUGUAAUGGAAGGGGUCGGAUGCCCCUGGUCAGGUCCCCGAGCUGCUAUUGAAAAGCUCGUGUUCCUCUUUAGCGUCUGGAAAAGGUUUUCCACAUCUGUGUCAGGUCACCGGUGUCGUUCUUUUCAAUCCUCACCGUAUUGUAAAUUGCAAAGAAGAUCAUAGUUGAAAAGGAGAAGAAAAAAAAAAGAACCACAUUGGAAAACUGA